CCUCUAUUUAGAAUUAGAAAAAGGAUGGAACUACCAGUAAUUUUUUUUCCUUUUUGGUAAAUGACCCACAGCCUCAAGAGUAGCGAAGCUUUUAACAUAUUUCUUAUCUAAAACUGGUUAAACAAACGACACCCAGUUUUCUACUUGUAAAAGGCAGAAAUAAUCUCUUUUAGAAAGAGAAAGGGAGGGAGAUGAGUGGAAAUAAUGGAGGAGGGCCUUGUGGUGCCUGCAAAUUCCUUAGGCGAAAGUGCGUAAAAGGGUGCAUAUUUGCACCCUAUUUUGACUCCGACCAAGGGAUGGCUCACUUCGCUGCGGUCCACAAGGUUUACGGUGCCAGCAAUGCUUCCAAGAUGCUGCAGCGGAUACCCGUACACAAGCGCCUCGAUGCCGUCGUUACCCUCUGUUAUGAGGCUUUGGCUAGGGUUCGAGACCCUGUUUAUGGCUGCGUCGGCCACCUCUUCACCCUGCAACAACAGGUAGUGAAUUUACAGGCGGAAUUAGCCUACACCCAGGCCCGUCUUUCUACGUUGCAGCGUCAUCCUCCAUCCUCAUCGGAAAUAGGAUCCGAAUUGAUGUCUUCUUCUAACAUGUCCACACACUUUGAUCCGCCACAACAGACUUCAGUUGGGCUUACAAGUUUCCCAAAUUCAUUUGACCAAGUUGCAGAGAACGAGGAGCUUCAAGUUUUAACCAGGGAAUUCGUCUCCAGAUAUCUCCCAGGUGUCCGAUUCCACCCUUCUACUUCCACUUAAAAACUUCUGAUUCAUCUGUUGUAAACUCCCAUAACCCUUAGUGGGCUUUGUCCUGCUUAACUACUCCUGAUUCUGGAAGGAAACUAAUGAAAUCGAACUCUUUUUUUUUUCUUUUC